AUGACGCGCGCACGGCGUCUUCGUGGAGCCCAGAAGCCCGUCGCCGCGUACUCGCAUUUCCGUGUUCUUCACGUAUUUCCUUUUCAUUCUCGUCUCUCGUUUCCCUUAUCGCAGGGCUCCGAUACAAGCGCCGUGGAACGAUCCAAACGGUUUGGCCGGGGGUGCCGGGGGCACGCACUCUGGCGCGGGUGCGACGGGGUCGGGAUGGUCAAGGGUCCAGACGGUUCUACGAGACACGUCUUUGCCGGUGCGACCAUCGCCCCUCUCUGGUGCAACUCGUGCGUUUCCUCAAGGACGGACGGACAGAUGCGAAGGAAAGAAACCUUCAACCUUGGUGGUAAGUUUGCAGAAAACGUCCUGUACACAAACGAACUCACCUUCAAGAUUCUCAUCAAUCAAUAA